AUGUAUCGCAACUUUUGCUGCUUUAGUGCCCAAUUCAUAAAGGAGCCGUAAAUUUAUUUUUGAUUUAAAAAAUUGCUAGUUAACAAUUGUGAAAUAGUGCUCGUGUGUGUUUUGUAUGCCUUCCACUUCCCCCAAAUUCCCAAAAAGAGCAAUACGCCUAUUUCUCAAUACAACACACAGCAAAACGUGACGGAAUUAAUUGAAGCGGCAUUUAGGGGACACCAAAAAAGAAAAAAAAAUACAAAAAGCGUGCGCGUUGCUUGUGGCUAGCUGUAAUUAGGUUAAAAGAAACCACAGUCGGGCGGGCAACAGCAGGCAUAACAGCAACAGAAGCAGCAGCAACUGAGGCGGCAGUGUGUGGCAAGUUUGAUUGGUUAGAGUGAGCCUGCUUAUCAAUCAAAACCCAUCUAUGGCACAUCAGCAGCAGGGCAUGGAUUCGGCGUUGUUCGAGCGACGACUGCGGCCGGUCUACGACAAUCUGGAAGUGGGCAACAAUCGCAAGGCGCUGCAGGAAUCGGAAAAGCUGCUACGCAAGCAUCCAAAUUUGCUAUGCGCACGUGCUCUAAAGGGCCUAUCGCUGCUGCGCCUGGGCCGCUACGAGGAGAGCCAUGGCUGCCUGCAGACUGUCGCCGAAGAGAAGCCCGUCGAUGAUUCGACGCUGCAGGUGCUCUCCUUCUGCUAUCGAGAAAUGGAGCAACUGGACAAAAUUGUUGAGCUUUAUCAGCACGCAGUCAAACAGACACCUGGCAACGAGGAGCUUCUGGCGCACCUAUUCGUUUCGCAUGUGCGCGUCGAGGAUUACAAGGCGCAGCAAGCGGUUGCACUACAGCUGUACAAGGCGCAGCCAAAGAAUGCCUAUUACUUUUGGGCCGUUAUCAGUGUAGUUUUCCAGGGCAUUCGCGGACCCGAGUCCGCAAUACCCGAGAAGCGUAAACUUUAUCUGGCGCUGGCACAGCGCAUGGUCGACAAGCACAUUAAGGAGGGCAAACUGGAGACGGAACAAGAGGCAUUCCUCUAUUUGCACAUUUUAAAGCUGCAGAGCAAGUACCAAGAGGCCUGGGAAUUCCUUACUGGCGAACUGUGCGCCAAAUUAUAUCCGGGUGCGCCUGUUAGCAUGAAAUUCGAGCUUCUCAAGGUGCUGGGCAAUUGGCAGGAGCUCAACGAGCUCUUGCAAAAGCUGCUAGAGGCCGAUCGCGAUCGUUGGGACUAUUACAAGGAGUAUAUUCAGAGCUGCUUUGAGCUGCUGGAUGGACAGGCCGCGGAGGGCGCAGAUAAGCCUGCUUACAUGCUGAACACUUGCCACGAUUUUCUACUGCACAUCAUUGAUUCUUCAGAGAGAAAAACACGUGGUCCCUACUUGGCACGCUUGGAGCUGCAUCAACGCAUGCGCGCCAAACAGCUACCGGCCGAGGAACUCAUUGGUGAUUUUGACGAGCUAAUCAUUGAGUACUUCUGCCUGUUUGGAGACAAAUCCUGCUGCACCCACGACAUAGCACUGUUUCUGCCCUCCAUCAGCAUAGAGCAACGUCAGUCACUAGCCAGCAAGUUGCUCCAAGAAAGUGGAAUUACUUCGACCUCUUUGCCGCAGAAUAAGGAGCACAUGCAGAAGCAUAUUUGUGCCCUGCAAAUCUCGCGCAUGUGUGGAGCUCACAUUGAGCUGCCCGUUGAUCAUCUUCUGGCCUUUUAUACGGCAUUGAAGCUGCACUAUGAGCAUGGGCACAGUUCGUUUGGCAAACAGCUGCUGGCAACGGAAAUGGGACCCUCGGAUCCGUAUGCACUGCUAGCGGCGAAUGUUAUGUAUGAUAUAUCCGUGCGAGAACAGAAGUCGGAUCAACUAUUCGAGGCGCUGUGCCUACUGCAAUAUGUGCUGCGGAAUAGCACCAGCAAUUUUCACGUUAAACUGCUCAGCCUGAAGAUCUAUCACAUGUUUGGCUGCAUGCUCGGCGCCCAGGAGAUGUACGACUAUUUGGACAUUAAGCAAAUCCAGCUGGACUCGAUGGGCUAUGUGCACUGCAAUCUAUUGCCGCUCUCCGGACGCUUCUCAGGUGUGCGCAACUGCUUCGACACCACAUUGAAGUUCUUCACGAACAGCUACAAGGAGCGGUUGGAGUAUAUAGCGCUUACCUAUCGCUUCUGCACAUUCUCCAAAAUGGGGGAGUUUAUGAACUUCAAGGAGCGCUUGACGAAUAGUUUACUCUAUGUGGCCGUCUCGGUAGAGGCGCAGCUGUGCGAUCUGGUCAGUUGCUAUGGCAAUAUACAACAGAACCUGUCCGCCUAUGUGGCCAUGAGCAUUGAGCCCGCUGACGAUCGCAUUGCCUGGCACGAGCUGAGCGACAAUCGGGAUUUGCAGGCGAUCAUUCGAUGGGAUCCACUGCAUCUGGACAAUACGGAUGCGGAGCGCAAGGAGUCAUACGAUCAGGAGAUUGAGGUGCUGCAGCUACGAUCGCUGCUGCUUCGAUUGUUUGCUACGUUCAUUGAUUUGUAUCAUGCGCCUCCCAGCGCCAAGCUGGCCAUGUCGAAUGCGAAGACGCCGCCGCCAGCGCCGGGCGAGGAUACAGCGACACUGGAACUGUUGCGCGAAUCGUGGACGGGUCUCCAUCAGCGUCUGCGUCUUAUGAACUAUAAGCCGCUCUCUCAACGUUUUCUAGUCAAUUUGCUGCCCACACGCCUUCACCUGCUGCUUGAACUGCCCUACGAAAGGUUCUUUGAUGAUCUGGCCCAGAUGGUACUGGACAUGCACAGUGGUGCGUCGCAGCUGACGCUGCAGUGCAAGCGAGUCAGCGAAAAUGUCGCCUCCGUCAUGGACGUGUGCGUCCAGACAAUUACUGAAAACAAUGAAUGUAAUGCCGUCGACGGUCUUUGGAAGCGGCGCGAGCACCAACAAAAGAUUGCCGCCUGCUUGGAGAUACUCUCACUUUAUGCCUUCCUCCUAUCGGUGCUGAAUGACAAGUUGCAGUUCAACGCGAAGACAAAAACAAAAAAAAAGCCAUCGGGUGAUAAUAAAGCACAAGAUACCCCGCUGCCCAUUAGCGAGAAGGAGCGCAGCCAAAUGCUGCGCGAGCUGAUGCGUCAGUUGAAACAUAAACUAGAGGCCUGCGAUGCAGCAAUACGCACUUGGAAAGCGCCCACAUUGCCGCGUGACCUGAGUUCGUUUAUGGCCGACAUGUCUCUCAAGCCGGAGGUUGAGGCGACGCUUAUUGGCGACGUAUCCGCCACAUUUAAAGAGUCUCAUGAGCUGAUGGUCACCGAGCUGCGCAAUCUGAUAAAGGACAAAAUUCGCAUGAUCGGAAAAUAGAUUUGCCCUGAUUUUGCUGUGCAAAGUCUCGCUUGCUUGCCCGACUCCAACGCAACAUCUUUCAAUCACCCACACAGUUUGUUAUUUAAUAUUUUAAACAUGAGAAAGGGCUGCUCUGGAAACGCCAAAGAUAACAUAUCCUUGCAGACUAUACAUUACAAAAAAUGGGCCGGUUGUUCCUAUGAAAUCUAUGAUGCAGCAGUCCAAAUGUAUAUUUAAUGUUUAUGCUGCGGAUUUCUAGGUAAAUAUCAAAGAUUCCGAUAUUUGAAGAAUCAGCAAUCUAGCUUUCAAAUUGAGAUACUAGUUCGCAUAGAAAAAGGCAGACACAAAACGGUAUUAACCUCUGCAAGGAUAAGAAGGCGAUUUUCAUGCCCCAUCUGAAGUCCAUUUACUUCCUCUCCAUCUACUUAUAAUCACCAAUCAAAUUAUAUUCUUGUGCACUUUUCCAAUUACAUUUUUUCGGCAUUUUUUAUACAACAGGUAAAAAGUUGUAAACUUGUAACUUGCUUGAUACAAAAAAAAAAAAAAGAAGAAAAAUUUAAAACAGCUCGACACAUAAGAUGAAAUAAAAACUGAUCAAAUCGUAUA